UUGACACGGAAUAAAGAAACGAGCGCACCCUCCUUAUUGGACAUUGACGGUGUCUGACGUCAACCAAGAACCGGUGAUUUUUGUUUUGUUUAUAUUUCAUCACGAAAAACAACACUCCUCAAGCUCCAAGAAAAUAUGGAACCUGGUCUCAGUCAAGAGAAGAUUGCCGGCUUUCUCAAGCGCCUGCAGGCAGAGCCCCGCUACCUGUUAGCCCAGAAUGUGUCAACCUGCAUCGACCCACUGGAAGUUUGCCUCCACCGGCAGACUGUCCAGGAUACGGUACACAUCUUUCAGCAUGCUAUCCCCACAGAGGGCAAGCCUGUCACUAACCAAAAAAGCUCAGGAAGAUGUUGGAUCUUUUCAUGUCUCAAUGUCAUGCGUCUUCCCUUCAUGAAGAAGUUUAACAUAGAGGAAUUUGAAUUUAGUCAAUCCUACCUCUUCUUCUGGGACAAGAUUGAGCGGUGUUAUUUCUUCCUCCACGCCUUUGUGGAAACGGCACAGAGGAAGGAGCCAAUGGAUGGCCGCCUGCUCCAGUUCCUUCUCUCCAAUCCAGCCAACGAUGGAGGGCAGUGGGAUAUGUUGGUCAAUCUCAUUGAAAAGUAUGGUGUUAUGCCAAAGAAAUGCUUCCCAGAGGCACACAGCUCAGAGGCAUCCCGCAGAAUGAAUGGCAUUCUCAAUCAUAAGCUUCGAGAAUACUGCUUCAAACUGAGGAGCAUGGUAGAGAGUGAAGCAACUGAAUCGGAAAUCUCCGACGCCAUUCACACCAUGAUCGAGGAGGUGUUCCGGGUGACGAGCGUUUGUCUCGGCAGCCCGCCUGAGACCAUCUGCUGGGAGUACCGGGACAAGGAUAAGAAUUUCCAUCGCGUGGGACCCCUCACCCCUCAAGAGUUUUACAGGGUGCACGUCAAACCUCUCUACAACAUGCAGGACAAAAUCUGCCUUGUGAAUGACCCUCGACCCCACAACCCUUACGAGAAGCUGUACAGUGUGGAGUUCCUAGGCAACAUGGUUGAAGGUCGCCAGACACUCUACAACAAUCAACCCAUCCAGCUUCUUAAAAAGGCGGCUGCAGAUUCCAUAAAAGAAGGAGAAGCCGUGUGGUUCGGCUGUGACGUCGACAAACAUUUCCACGGCAAGCUGGGCAUUAACGAUAUGAACGUCUUCAACCACGAGCUGGUGUUUGGAAUUUCAGUCAAGAACCUCUCUAAGGCAGAGCGGCUGCUAUGCGGAGACUCUCUCAUGACCCACGCCAUGAUCCUCACCGCUGUCACCGACAAGGAUGGAAAAGAGGGUUAUGAAAAGUGGAGAGUGGAGAAUUCCUGGGGAGAUGACCGUGGGAACAAAGGUUACCUCAUCAUGACCGAUGAUUGGUUCUCAGAGUAUGUGUACGAGGUGGUAGUAGACAAAAAAUUCCUCUCUCCUGAUGUCCUGGAGGUCAUGAAUCAAGAACCUGUUAUACUUGCUGCCUGGGACCCAAUGGGUUCUCUGGCCUAAGUGUGGACAGUGGACGGCCAUGUUUUUAACCUCAACCUUUCUUUUUUAAAACUCUUGAUCCUUUGCUCUUACCUCUUAUGAAUUGUCCAUGAAAAGUCUACACACCCCUGUUAAAUUGCCAUGUUUUUAGUUUACAUAAGGUUGCACAACUGUGCACACCCUUUUCCACUAUCCCUAAUAUGGUACAUGUUGGUAGCAACAUCAUGCUGAGGUGAUGCGUUUCUUUAGCAAGAAUAAAGAAGUGUGCUGGAGCCUAUCCCAGCUGUCUUUGGGCGAUAGGUGGGUUACACCCUGAACUGGUCGCCAGCCAAUCGCAGGGCACAGGGAGACAAACAAACAUUCACACAAAUUUCAGUGAAUAGCUAUGCAACACUGAACUUAGUAAUGUCAUCCACUGUCUUUUUUUUAACCAAUAAUAAGCCAAAUUUUAUACCUUUUAAAUUCUUUUUAACCAUUCUCCUCACUGAUAUGAAUGAACAAUGAGAGCUGUCUCUUGAAAAAUGUCUGGAAAGGCCGUCUAGAGCAUAAAAAAAAUUAUGGGUGAAAAGGUUUUUAAAAUGAUUUAUCUUGUAGAUCACAAAAAAUGGGAUUCAAACUGGGCUGUGUAAACUUUUUAAAUCGUCUAUAUAUUCCACAUGUUUCUUUAAAAACAUGCCACUGUUCUAGACAAGAAUAAAUUUCAAUUUUUAACACU